AUGGCUCCUCAAACACCAAGGCAACGUAUCGCAAACGAAAAAUUCGUAAAGAGAGCUGAAGCUCAGCAGGGUAAGGUGAAGAAGGCUAGAUCCAAGCGUGAAUUUCCAGUUUCGACUAAGUGGGUUAUCAUAUUGCUCUUCUUGCUGAUUGGGGGAGGGGUCCUGGAGAUUUUGAGAUUGUUUUUUUGA